AUGCCUACUCUCGCCGCCAAUCUCUGUGUUGCCCAACCCACCGGUAUUUCGCACACAUCUUCUCCAGAUUCUGACCAAGCUUUCCUUGCCGACAAAUACUAUUCGGACGCCGCUAUGGCAGCUUCUCCUCCUGCAGGAUACACCGAAGCCUUCAAGAACCUGACGGCAUCCAAUAAUGCUCUUGGGUACCUAGGUUUCAGUUUGUUGAGCUCUUACGACACCGCUGUCUGUGCUGCCCGCUGUGACAAAGUGAAUGGAUGUCAGGCCGUGAACAUUUACUUUGAGAGAGACCCUUCAGUCGAUCCAAACGAUGCGUCAUGCUCAGACCCUACCUCAUACGCUCAAAUCAAGUGCGUGUACUGGGGAGGCCCCGUGUCCCAAUCCAAUGCUUUGAACUUUGGACAAUAUCGCAACAAGUUCCAUGUGGUUAUUGCGGGCAGCAACGGCUACGUCAACCGCUCCAUUGACACGCCCGCUGGCUACACUGCCCCAACUUACCUUGGAAACUCAAUCAUCAACGCACCCAAGACUGAUUGCGCCGACUACCCCAAUCAACUCCAAAAUUUGCUUUGGCCGACCGGUCCUUUCGAUGCUGGACGCUGCGCGGCUGCGUGCUCAGCUUACAACGCCAACCUGCCUACUGGUAGUGUGGCUCAGACUUGUCAGUUCUUUAACACAUACAUCCUCAAGGGCAAUGGAAAGGACGCCGGACAGUAUUGCGCUCUCUACCAACAAGCUUUCCCUUCGUCGGCCUCGACCAGCUCAAGCGUUGUCAUCAAUGGUGUUACUUACACAUACGGAUACUCUUACACCUUCACCAAUGCCACUUCGGCCGGCGGUCCCGCUAUCCCUUGUGCGGUCGCCUCGGCUUCGAGGAUCAUCGGCUCUUCCACUCUUCAAGGAUUCUGCUCCACGCUGCUGGGAUUUAACGCACCUACCUCCACAUCGACAGUGAUCGUCACCCCAACGAGCACCGUUCUGUCCACCGUCGUGCCCGUCGCGAGCUCCGUUAUCAGUACCAAGGUCACCACCACAUUUGUCGCCACCUCGACACGCGUGCCUGCGAAGCGUGCAGAGCAGCUGCAGACCCCAUCAGCUCUUUCCUUCCCUGCUUCCGUCAUCACAGCAGCCUGCAGUCUUCAGGCUUCAAGUGCUACCACGACUGUCCUUACCACAACCACAUCCACAGCCUCUACUGUCUUGUUCACCAGCCUGACAACCGCUACCGCAUCCACCACCACUAUCAUCGUAACCAGCACAGCCAAGGCGACGGCUACAGCCAACCCCAACGGUUGCUCCCAGCCCAAUGUCUGCAAGUCCGAUCAGAAGGUCCCGACAUACUCCUGCCCUGGUCAAGGCAAGAGCGGUCUUUGCGCCUGCGGUACCGAUGCAGCGGGAGUCAAUGUCUGCUACGCCGCUGACGAUUGUACAAAGCAAUGCAAGAAGACCAGCGAUUGUGACAACUUUGGAAAAGUGGCCAUGGUUUGUGUUUACAACACUUGCUGCGACAACAAUGGCUCGCAGAGCUCGGGCAUGGGCAAUUGUAUGCCUGCUAGCACCACUUGCAUGAAUGCUGGAUCUGCUAGCAGAAUGUUCAAGCGUGGAGAGAGAAAGUUUGGACCUGUGGUUAGGAGACAGGAGGUUACUGAGCAGGAUGAGGAGUGUACGGCCUUGUCUUGCCCUGGUACCUGGGUGGAUGAGACCACUGGUGUUGUUGUUCAAGGCAUUGAUGCUCAGCUGUAA